GUAUUUGGACUCACCAGUUUGCAGGAUGUUUUGCAUCAGAGUGCUGCAGGAUUAAAGAGUUUGCACAGCACAGUUGGUCAACAAAGACGUGCGUCAAGUUUAGGCCAACUCCUUGGGUUUUUUAUUAAAGGGAAAUGUCCUCACCCAUGUCCAGACGGAAUAGUUCCCGUGGAUCUGUGUGUGGGUACCGGGGAUCAUCUGAGUGCCAUGCUCGCCGCCGGAGCUCCAGCUGCUCUUACUUCUCCCCCGAGGACUUCUCUGUCAGUCUUAACCAACCGAUUUUCACUAUCGCACUCCGGUUUCUGCUGGCCAUAGAUCUGUGGCUAUCCAAGCGGCUCGGUGUGUGCGCGUGUGAGGAGUCUCCCUUGGGUGGCAUACGGCCCCUGGUGCGUCUGGUUGAGUUCUCCGGGCAUGUCAUCCCCUGGUUUAUCGGCACUGUGUACACUUUACUACAGGGAGAGAGUGUGGAGGAGCAAGAGAUCAUGCUGAAUUUAGCCCUGGGUGAGUUCAUGUGUUUAUUUUAUUUUACUUUACUUUGGGUUGAAAACAAUGACUUCAGAAUGGAGGAUAUGUUUUGGAUACCUUUGAAUUAACUUAAUGUAUUUUUAGUUAAUAUCUUUUACAACCACUACUUACCAUAUCUAUUACUAUUGAUACUGUUUCACGUAUUUCAUAAGCAAGCUGACCCUAAAACUAUUCCUGCGUUACUUCUGAACCAAUUUGGAACCAAACAGGAAUUUUUCCACAAACACGUUUCCAAAAACGAACUCCUCUGAAUGCACGUCUGUUGUGAAUGCAGAUACAUUUUAGGCUGUUUUUAUCAGCGUGCAUUUGUGUUGGUGUUCGUUAUCUAACAGACUCCAAUGAUGACUUUUAUCAAUAGAUGUGCAUAGUACCAAUGCGUAAUUACGCACAGUUUUGCCGACUCCAAAGUGAAGUCCAUGACAGUCAGUGAGUGAUUAUUGGAUCUGCGUAUUAUCCAUAAAGUCUAUAAAAGUACACCAUUAAAAGCCCAAGCCGCAUCUGCCCCAUUAGAUAUCAAGUAGUGCUCCAUAGAGAUGCUGUCAGUUUGUGAGUCCACGUGAGUGAGAAACAGAGCAGUCAUGGAAAGUUUUCUACUUUGAGCCGGAGCUGACAACAGCUGUGGCCACUAAGAGACAUGCACGCGACAGGGCUGAUGUUUAAUUUGCAAACCGUGUACUACAGUAGCUGACCGACAGUUUCAAUAUCAAGUUCUUCCGCGAACUAUUCCUGGUAUACAAUCGCCUAUAGGAAGCCACAGUGAUGUGGAAAAACUGGGUAGGCUAUAGUAUAACUCUUCUUUUAGCUAUAGGCCGAUGACAGGUAAUGUUAACAAGGUCAAUUUGGCGUUUCAGUUCAGACAUUGAAAUUGACAUGAAGGUUUCUUGCAGUUCUGGGGGGAAAAAUCAACCAUUGGCUGAUGCCAGCUUCUUUCCAGCUUCUAUUAGCAACAACCCAAUUAUUUGUUAUUUGGUUAUGAAAUAGUAAGAAAUGCAAAGAUAGUUGGUGAGAUAGAUGCAUUUCAAAGAUGUCACAGCUGGCUCAGGGAAACUGUGAUGAGCCUUUCCCAGUUUUUAAUAUAGAAAACUAAAUACUGAAUGUCUUUAUUUAAAAACAAUUGGCAGAUUCAUCAAAAGUAUUGUCGCGCCAGUUGUCUUUAUUUCACUCAGUCAUACAUAGAGAUGAAUACCCUGUUUCUAAAUCUUUUUGUUCUGUAAUUCCUUUUGACAAGACUCAUUGUAAAAAUUUGUAAGCACUUUUAUGACAAAACUUUAAAUCAUGCUUUAAAGAUGCUCUAAGCCAUUCAUAAAAAGAACUUUAGGGUUUCUUUUGGAGUUUUACUGUGGCAUUAUCCUUCUCUUUUGGACUGACCCCAAAUUAAUCAAAACCCUUUAUGUGACCUAAAUGUUAAAUAUUCACUACUUAUAAUCAUGUAUUGUAUCUGAUUACCGUUAUUAAUAACAAGGCUGCAUUAAGCACUUGAUUCUGAUUUACCAAGUGAGCACAGUAGUGGUCUGUUUGUCUAAUUGCAGGCUGUUGCUAUGAAACACAAAAUAUUGCUAAGGACAGGGCUCCAAUUACAGACUUGGGAGAGCUGUUAGCAUAUCACCCACAGAAACGGGUAAAUUUGACAUCAGUUUAUUGUUGGAAAGAAAAGGUAUUGAGGGUAAAAAGCUGAGAGACAAGGAAAAUAAUUGUGUACUAUAAGAGAGAAGUUUUAUUAAGAUUAAGAAGAGACUAUUUAAGAUGGGUAGCCAACAAUGAGUCAGUCUAAUAUUAAAGUGAUAACUUUAGGUUAAAAUAUGGUUUUGAACAAGUGAGUUUUCAGGCUGAUAUUGCUAACUGAAACUGACAUUGUCCUCAUUUUGUUUUCCCCUCAUAGCUCUGUUGUUGGACCUGCUGUUGGUCAGAUUUCUGAAGACUCUGGUCAGACGUCGCAGGCCGGCUCAGAACCGCUCUGAAAUCCUUUCCACCUUCUUUGUAGAGCGCUACUCCUUUCCCUCGGGCCAUGCCACACGGGCUGCCAUGUGUGCCCGCUUCCUCCUUGUUCAGCUGGUGGACACAGCCUCCAUGCGAGUCCUCGUGCUGGGUUGGGCUUCCCUGGUGAGCCUGUCUCGAUUGCUUCUUGCCAGACAGUAUGUUACAGAUGUGGGCUUCGGCCUAGCUAUGGGAUACUGCCACUACAGUUUGGUGGAAAGGUUGUGGGUGACCUGGGACUGUCUGCAAGACCUGUUGCUCAUGGGACUGAGAGAGAGACUCAACAGAGCUUACACUGGACUGGGAAUGGCAGAUUGGAAACACUGGGCUUAAUGGGAGUAUGUGUGAAAGUGCGUGGGGAAAAUGUGUAGCAUGAGCGUGUAAUGAAGAAAUUCCCUUGUGUUAUAAAAAGUGACAUUUAGUAAUCAUGUAUUAGAGCUACAUAAGUGUGCUAUUACUACGUUAAGAUGUGUUAGUUUUGUGUACUUGUGUGGGUUCUUUUUACGCUUUUCUAAAAGAAGUGUAGGUGGGUUUAUGAAAUUAAUGUUAUGUGAAAGCAGAAGUUUGUAUCUCACAAUGAUGCACAAACAUCUCCAGAGCGGAUUUCAAUUGAGGCCUUUUUGAUAAAAACAAACCAAGUAAGAACAGUUGUUGUUAUCAAAUAAAAUUAAACUUUAUCUUUUACAAAUUUUCAUCUGAUCAAGACUGUGAGUCAGUUUUUUAGCCUGGUAUUGCAUUUUAAACUAUUAAAAAUGGUAUUUGAAGCUUUAAAA